UUUUUUAAGAUCAGAGAGGCGAAGCAGGAACAGGAGGCGGAAGAAGAAGGAGAAGGCGAAGAAGAAGGCGAAGAAGAAGGCGAAGAAGAAGAAGAAGAAGAAGAAUGAAAAAAGGUCUUCGUACCGUGUCCAAGUGCUGGUCAACGGAAUUUGCACGUUCGCUCCAUUAUUCGUGAUUUUUACACCGAUCAAGUAGACCCACUCCCAACGAGAACUUUGCGGCUACUCACCGCAAACGGUUAGCAUACGCAGUCCGUUUUGUUGUACAGUUGAACAAGACAAGACAAUUAAAAUGGAAACUCUCCGAGUGCUUGAGCUUUACAGUGGGAUAGGUGGGAUGCAUUAUUCUCUGAAAAAAUCUGGAAUAUCUGGGGAGGUAGUGGCGGCCAUAGACAUAAACACAACUGCCAAUCAGAUCUACAGGCAUAAUUUUCCCGACACCCCUCUCUGGAACAGAACCAUUGAGGGCAUAUCACUUGAUGAGUUCAAUAAAAUGCGGUUUGACAUGAUUUUGAUGAGUCCUCCGUGUCAACCUUUUACCAGGCUGGGACUCAAGCGGGAUAUUGCUGACCCCAGAAUCAAGAGCUUUCUCUAUAUUAUCAAACUUCUGCCAAGACUGAGUCAGCUUCCUCGCUUCAUCCUCCUUGAGAAUGUCAAAGGUUUUGAAAGCUCAUCUGCCAGGCAAUGUUUAGUUGAACAGCUGAUAAAGUGUGGCUACACUUUCCAGGAGAUCAUGGUCUCUCCCAUGAGUGUUGGGAUCCCAAACUCAAGACUGCGUUACUUCUUGAUGGCUCAGAUUUCAACCAGAGCAAUUUGUUCAAAGUCAAAGGAUUCCCAAAUGUCGCUGUUCCCUCCUGAGAGUGAGUCCUCGAAGGAGCCUACACUUUCCGUUGCACUACAGCCACUUAGUUCCAUGACAAAAAGUGAAGAACUGAAUGGUCAUAAACUUGAGACAACAAAUGAUGCUCUAAGAAAGAUGAAUCAGAAUAGUGAUUUGUCAGUCAGCCAGAUCCAAGACUUCCUUGAACCAGAGGAGAGUGUUGACAUUGAUCAGUAUCUUCUUCCUUCAAGAAUACUUCUGCGUUAUGCUCUAAUCCUGGAUAUUGUCAAACCCACCUGCCGACGGUCGAUCUGCUUCACCAAAGGCUAUGGGCGAUAUGUGGAAGGGACUGGCUCAGUGCUGCAAAGUUGUCUGGAAACAGAGACUGAGAAUGUGUUUCAAGAUCUGGACCUGUUCUCGAAAGAAGAAAAACUGAAAUAUCUGCUGAGACUAAAGCUUCGUUAUUUUACCCCCAGAGAAGUAGCCAACAUAAUGGGCUUCCCAAAAGGUUUUUCCUUUCCAGAGCAAGUCCCGAACAAGCAGCGUUACAGAGUCCUAGGAAACAGCCUUAAUGUCACGGUGGUAGCAACACUACUACACCAGCUGAUCUACAACAGUUGAACAACGAAGGCAAAGCAAAAAAACAAACAAAAGUAUCUGACAAAAAUUUAAAUUGCUCCAGACAAAAAAAUCAUUUAUAUUCUCUGAAUGUGGGUUAUGUUACGGAGAUAUAUAUAUAUAUAUAUAUAUAUAUAUAUAUAUAUAUAUAGAGUCUAUAAUAUUAGUUCUCCCCUCAACUUUGACACUUUGUUCCUCGAGCUCCCCUGGUCAGGCUGUUUGUAAUUUGCCCCGAGAGGCUUUACCCUGUGUAUAAAACAGGGUUAGGGUUAGAUAAUUGUUUUGUUUUGUUUUUCUCUGUCCUUCUCACUUAAAUUUAACAAAGGUACUUUUACUCUGGACUUCAGUAAGUGGUGACAACUUGUAAGACGUGUACCUUUUCCUGUCUUUGCAAGGACUUUUCUUUCUUUUUUUAAUAAAAACCCACAAAGAGA